CUCAGUCGGCGUGCCAGCGGUGUGUGCUGGCGUUCCUACAGAAGGGCAGGCGCUUGUGUACGCGACAGAAUCGACAUUAUGGAAGCCACAUACAAGGUUGAGACGGCCACGGCCACGCCCCUCGGAGACCUUCUAGAAGCCGGGGACAGCACCAUGGUGACGCUGGAUGCAGGCGCUACACGUCUGGUGGCGCACAGAGCCGUCGUGGCAGCCAGGAGCUCCGUGUUCUCCGCCAUGUUGCACGACGACACGCCAGAGGCCAGCAGUGGCCACAUCAGCAUCCCCGAUAUGGAGGGCCCGGUGCUCACACAGUUGGUUGCUUACAUGUAUACUCUUCAGAUACCCCAGCUGCCCACCAUGGUCUCCCAGCUGCUGGCUGUCGCUGACAGGUACGGUGUGUCAAAGCUGAAGACAGGAUGCGAGCAGCAGCUGGCGGCACAGCUGUCUGUGGAGAAUGCGGCAGCCACGGCUGUGCUUGCAGUGAGGUGGUCCUGCCCGAGCCUAACUGCAGCCACCCUAGCCUUCAUUAAGGCCCAUAACUUCCACGUGAUGGCUACACAGGGCUGGGCAGAUGCAAUGCGCACAGCCCCUGAAGAUUUGAUCGAAGUCAGUCGCCUACUUGCUGAGUCACCAGCGGAAACCAGUUUGCCAGCCACUGUGGAGAACAGGCCCACCCCCACCACAGCGCCACACACAGACCACAGUGGGACUCCUGUCGCUGCUGUGUCGCCCACAACUGCCCGCCACCCUGCUCCACAUGAUGACGUCACCAUCUCUCACAUGAGGAGUCUUUCUGGAGAGGACAAAGGAAGGAGGUUAAUCCAGGCAGCACAGGAGGGGGCUCUGGAGGAGGUGAGGGCGCUGCUCGCUGCAGGUGCGGACGUGGGGGCGAGGGAUGGAGACAAGAGAACCGCCCUGCACAGGGCAGCGUGGGAGGGGCACGUGGAUGUUGCGAGGAGUCUGGUGCAGGCAGGAGCAGAGGUGAACGCCAGGAACAUCAGGCAGAACAUGCCUCUGCACUCAGCUGCAGCGAGGGGCCACACGGCUAUGGUACAACUGCUGGUGGCCGCCUCUGCUGAUCCCAAUGCCAGGGGUAUGGGUGAGUAUACACCGCUCCACUUUGCGGCAGAUCGUGGGUACCCCGGGGCGGCAGCUGUGCUGGUGGACGCAGGAGCCGAGAUCUGGGCCAGAAAUAAUUGGGGUUACACCCCACUGGAACUCGCCCAGCGCAACUAUGACCUACUGGUAGAUUUACUAUCAUGAAGCUUGCAGUCCUAUGAACAUCAUCUGGAGCACAACCAAUAAACGUUUGCUACAUGACA